UAAGUAAUCUAAGGAAAUUUUCUGCAGUUCCUCAUUAUUUGUAAGGCUGCAUAAUCAAGUCAUGAUUUAGCCUCUUUAGCCUUCAACUCGUGCGAGCAAUUGGAUGAGAUUUAUUGGGCUAUUUGCCUCAUCAGACGACUCACUACAAAUUGGCGCGAAUUGAAAGAGAAAUGUUCCUAUUAUGCAUCAAUUGCACGGGGAUAUGUACAAAGUGCACCAUAUUGUGCAAUUUUUUAUAUAUAUUAAUUUUAUUACUUUACAAGAAUGUAUACGCUAGAAUGAGACACUGUACAUAGCACAGACGGAAGCUUAGUCAAAGUCCGCUAUCUCACUCUUCCGGGAAUAUUUUAUUUUAAAUUUUCCGGAAGUUGUGAAUUUUUUUAAAAAUAAUUUCUCCAUAUUGGGAUCAUCGGAGUAAGGAUGGCGCUUGGGCUUGCACCCUUAGCCGUAGGGGGUGUGGGUGGGUAGUAGGGUUAACUACUAAUCUCCCGAAAAUGCUUCAUGCUUCACGAAAGAGCGAGAAGGCACGAUCCCAAAUUGGAAUCCAACAUGAAAAUCAAACAGUGCUCGUUGUUUGAAGCGGUUUUGCCAUAACGUCAGACAAGAGCAGAUAUCAUAUCUUGGGUUGGUUGGAAUGGAAAAAAAAAGUUCAGUUGCUCGGCGUGCGCUGAAGUGAGAACGACAGAGGCCGCGCGGUGCUUUAAGCGAAAUCGUGCAGCUUUUGUAUUGUGUCAUAAACGAACUACUUCUCAUAACGUAAACAGCUUCGGACUAAUACGAUCGAAAAAGUUGUUUCACAAAUAUCGCCUCGUUUGCAAACCCCUGCAAAGGCACUGUUGCAUCGUUCAUUUUUAUAUUUAUUGGCGGUUUGGCGGGAGCGAAGGAACAAAAUUUCGCCCACAAAAGACUUUUCCUUUUGAAAAUAAAAUAUACAAACAUCCCUUUUCUUCUCUCUUUUCCUCCCAUUUCGCAAAAAAAGAACACAUUUUCCUACGAAAAGGGAUUAAAUUUAAUAAUUUGUGCUUUUUUUCAUUCGAAGAUUGCGCGUUGUGAAUUUUUGAAUUUAAAAAUUUCUUUGGUGGUGAAAGUGUUGAGGUGCAUUUGUGCUUCCUGAGAAAAAGGACAAGAAGAGGAAUCCGCAAGAAAACGAGAAAUAGAAGAAGAAAAAAUAUUGGCAAGAGUGGACACCACGUGCUGCGGGAAGAGCAAUAAAAAAAUGUUGAGGGUUGUUAAAGCCAUAUUGCUUUAUUAUGGCUAAAUUUAAUGGUCGGUUGAGUACAAAAUUGCGUCUUUGGUGUGAGGAGACAUUGGCAGUCAAAUGAGGCAAAGAGUGGACAAUGUUUGAAGACUGACAGACCCACAGGGAGCUGGUCUUGAUAGAAAGAACAAAAUAAAAUAAAAAUAUGUGCACUUGAGGAGAGAUUUUAAAGCAACACAACAAGCCCAAAGAAGGAAUCACAGACAUUUUUAUGACGAAUUCAGUCAUAAAAUUAAUUUCUUUUAUUGCCCUCGCGACACAUGAUACGCUAAAUCAUCCACGGAGGAAUUGUUAGCUGCUACUGCUGCUGUCUAAGAGAUUUUUGAGAGUGUGCUGUGCAAAUUCAGAGAAAGAGAGAAAUAAAAGAAGAAAAAUCUCAAAAAGAGGGUGUGUGUGCACGUUAAACUACCCCUAUUCAACGAAACAAGAAGAAGAAUAAGAGAGAAAAAAAGCUCAUCAUCUAUGCAGUAUAAGUUUGCCAUUGAGAAAUCAUCAGUUUUGGUAUUGUUGAUGACCCAAUAAAAUUUUUUUACUAGUGUUUACACUACAAGUCAUAAAAGACGGAGUUUAUAACAGAAGAAGAAGUUUGUGGUGUUUGCUUCAAAACACCACCGAAGAAUACAUCUUAGUUGGGAAUAUUUAGGAAGUUAACUGCAAGGAAUUCCGAGGAGCUUUCAGCACCUCAACGAAGCUUCUCCGUUAAAUGCGUGUGGAGUGUAUUUUUAAGUAAUCCGAAGAACUCGCAAUAAGCCAAUAUAAACAUUGUGACUGUUGUGAAAAAAAUAAGAGAGACUUGAAGGCGAGGAACGCCAAACUCCGAAGGUAGCCCCCUCACAAGCUCCGAAGGAAGCCCCAGCUCGCCGCCAACAAGUAAAAUGUACCCCUAUGUCUCCAAUCAUCCAUCGUCCCACACAAGUUUGUCUGGUAUGCCUGGCUUUUCUGGUCUUGAUGACAAAUCGUGCAGAUAUACUGAGAGCAUGAUGAAUACAUACCAGUCAAUGGGUGUACCACCGAGUGCGUCGAGUUUCGCACAAUUCUACCAAGCUGCUUCCGCCGUAUCUGCCGCUUCCGCCGGCGCUAUUGGCGUCGGGGUGGAUUCCUUGGGGAAUGCCUGCACACAACCAUCGUCCGGAGUUGUCUCCACCGGCGGCACUGGGCAAACAAUCACCGACAUUCCACGAUACCCCUGGAUGACGCUCACAGCAGAGUGGAUGAACGGACCCUUCGACCGUGUCGUUUGCGCUGAUUUCAAUGGCCCAAAUGGUUGUCCACGACGAAGAGGACGUCAAACGUACACGCGAUUCCAGACGUUGGAGCUGGAGAAGGAAUUCCACUUUAAUCACUACUUGACGCGGAGACGGCGAAUAGAGAUUGCCCAUGCCCUCUGCCUCACCGAACGACAGAUCAAGAUCUGGUUCCAGAAUCGCCGGAUGAAGCUGAAGAAGGAGCUUAGGGCUGUCAAGGAAAUUAAUGAGCAGGCACGACGAGAUCGUGAGGAGCAGGAUAAGAUGAAGCUCAAGGAGUCCCAAUUAACCGGCCAGCACAACAACAAACCACCACAGGAGCACCCCAUAGUGUCGUCACAAAAUUCAGGUAGUGGCGGCGGACACCAUUUACACCAUCACCCGUCAGUUCAGAAUGAUCUCAAAUUGGGUCUGGGCAUGGGUGUUGGGGUGGGUGGUAAUCUGGGGAUGAUGGGUGGCUUGGACAAGAAUAAUCAAGACCUCCUCAAGGUGGUCAGUAAAGUCAAUACAUAAAUUUGCCAUAAUACGCGUGGAAGCUUCUUCCACAUCUUUUUCGUUAAUUUUUAUUUCUUUUCUCGUAAUUUUAAUGUAAUAAUUAACAUUUCCCCGCGUAUUUAUUUAUCUCACAUCCUCCCCCCAUCCCUUUACAAUACGUGUCUCUUAAGAAAAUUAAGAAAGAAAGAAAAAUCAUUAAAUUACCAUCAUGUUUUCAGUUUUCAAGUGGAACUGUUGAUCAAGUUUCCAGGUAAGAUCACACCAUCAUUUUCCUUAAGAUUGACGCGUGAUGUAAUGCCACGCACACGAGAGAAGUAUCCAUAAAACAAUGACUAAAAAAAUCUCUAUCAAACUUUAGAUUUUAAUAAUGAAAAAAAAGUGAAGUUAAUACAAAAAAAUAAAUAAAAUACAAUACGUAAGUUGAGGUACUUGAAGUGCGAAGUGAAACCUGAUGAAUGGACUGCAAAUUGCAAUUACAUUUCAAAUGAUCUUUAGGGGCGUGAUUGCUUCCCUCUUUUGCCCCCAAAUAAAACAAAAACUGUCCAACAAAGUUCCAAAAGAGGGUUGCAAAGAAAGAGAGAGAUACGUGCGUUCUUGUGAGAUUGUAUCACAUUAAAUUGCGGAUGAAAUCAUUGUCCAGUGAAAAGUGCAAAAGUUGCAAUCUCACAGAAUCCACGAUACGCGAGGGAGGUGAAAGAAACAAGGAGAAGAAACACCCACAACAAAACUAUAUACACAAUAUACGUACUAGAAAUUAAGUGGAACCACAUCAACAAAAAAAAAGAGAAAAUCGACAAGUUCGACGGAGUCACUGCAUAUUGAGAAAAUUUUAGCAAUUAGCUGAAAACAAAAAGAUAGUUCAAAGAGAGAUAGCGGGAGGAAGUUUCCUUGAAAAGGGAAAAGAAUGCCAUUCUCCAAAAAAAAUUCUUGUGCAAUUUCAGUGUUGAUUUUAUCUGUUAAAACCUUUCUUUUUGUUUUUUUUUGGAAAAAAAAUGAAGAAUAAAAAACAUUUCGAAUUUUGUCUUAUUUUGUUCUUAAAAUUGAUUUUAAAGACCACGACAAAUUGUGAUUAAACUUUUCUUGGUUUUUCUUUUGAAAAUCCUCCAUUUUGAAAAUAUUCUGUUGAUGCUCUUGAAUUCCUUUUUUUCUUUAUACGUUUUCUUUUUUGUAAAUGCUACUGAGAGAGAGAGAUUCUGGUUAUCUAAAAGUUUGAUUUAUUUUCGGAGAAACCAGGCGGUUACAUAUUAAAUUUUGAAUAUUUUGAAUCUGAUUUGAUUGAAAAAUAAUUAAGAAAAAAGUCUGAAAAUAAAGAAAAUAGAAAAUUAACUUUUCAUAACCCAAAAAUAAUUUUUAAAAAAUAUUUUUAGUUAAUAAAAAUUAAAAAAACAUAAAAUCAGUAGAUUGGCCAUUUCCACAUCUAGUGUAAUUCAAGAAACUGAAAAAAGUUAGCUAAACCUGGUUUUUUUUUUGUAACUAGUUUUUUAAACUAGGCUUAAUUUUUUUAGGCUAGAUUUAAGUUUUUUGAAGCAGGCUUUUAUUUUUUUAUUCUAAUUGUAAGUCUUAUUAUUGUAAGUUAUUCUUUAGUUUUUUAGUGGUUGAGCUUAAGUAAGUUAUUUAUAGUUAGGUCAGGCUUUAUUGCGAUUCAGUCUCAAUUUAGCUUAUCUAACCUUAAAGGCUUAUUCUAAAAAAUUAGUCUCAACAUAAGAAAAACUAAAUUUUGGCAUAAUAAAUAUGGCUUAGAUUAAAAGAAACUCUAGUCUAGCCUAAAAACUUUGAUUUUGAUUCAAAAACUAAAGCAAGGCCAAAUUAAACAUUAUCAGGCUAAACAACUUAAGCCUAGUUUGAAACUUCAGCUUGCUUAGUAAGCAGUAAAUUUCCCUCUCGGAGUAAUUAAGUUUUAUAAUUCUAAUUCGCUAUAAAGUUCGAUUUAUUUUUGAAUUUCUAUUGCGAAUUAGUUCGUUAUAUUGGGUACUGACUGUAAAUAUUGCAGAACAAACAAUAAUUAAUUUGCUGCAACAUUUACUCUAAAAACCACAAAUUGCAUACAGAAUCACUCUCUCACGAAUGUAGGAAAAUAACUAAUAGACCGAACCUUCUUUUGCCAAGAAAAACAAGACGAUACACCGCAUAAUUUCCUUCCUAAGACAGCAAAGAUAAAUGCUGAUCUUUUUUUUGCAUUCAAGACGUACGAUAAUUAUUUUCAAUUGCGGAACUGUGGGAGGUAAAACAUCUCUUUUACUUACCUAUAAAUUUCAUACAAAAAAAUUGAAACUCUUGGCAAUUUACUCCUUUUGUGAGCAGAAUGUUUCAUCUGCCUGACAAAGUAAAUAAUAUAAAAUUUAAAAAAAAAAACGCCUGAAAGUGAAUUUUUUUCUUGAGAUAUUUCUCUUUAUUAUAUAUUUAUAUACAUACAUAUUAUUGUAAUGAGCAUUUUAGUGUUGGCGUGUCUGUGUUGUAUCAAAACAAAAAGAAAAGAAAUCCAGUGACGAAGAAAUGUGUGAAUGUAAUUUAAAGAGAUACUCUUUGUGCAUGUUUUUGGUGCCCGCCCCCACCCUCUACCCUUAAGAAAAUACCCCCCUCCCAAGUACCCCCCUGGUGUGCUGGGAAUGUAUGAAUGGAAAAAUUUUAUCUAACUGUCUGUGGUAAAUAAAAAAUUAGGGUGUAGCAAGUGCGAAUGAUUUUUAAUUGAAGACAAAACACCUUAAAAUUUAUUAAUAACAAAAUACUGUUUUAAUUGCAUUAAGAUAAUGUGUGUAGUUAAUUGUGCCAAAUGUAAUUAAAAAAAAAACAAUCUUCUUACUGAAAGAGCAAGGCUAAAGAAACAAACAAAAAAACAUUCAGAAAAAAAACUUCUCUUGAACCAAACGAAAACCAUUUAAAGAAAAAGAAGGAAAAACUCAUUGGGAAAUGGGAGUGUAAAGACAAAAAUAAAUAAAAUAAAAUUCUAUUCGUCCAGAGACAUGAAAAACAUUGUAAAAAGAUUAAAUAUUGAAGCUAAAGAAAAAAAAAGAAGUAAAAAGAAUAAAUUCAAUGCUUUGAAGGUUUAUGUGGCAACAUGAGAUAAUAAUAAUGAAAAAACAAUUGAGCCUCUUACCUUGACAAAGAAUUAAGAAUUUUUGGAAUCUUAGAAUUUUCAUAUCCAUAUAUAAAUACUAUUUAUUUUCCCUCAAAAAUACGUAAAUGCAAAAAGGAAAGAAUUCUUUAUGGAAAUUCUUUACUGACAAUCUCGAUUUAUUUUUUUUGGGAAAUUUCGCAAAGGGAAAAUCCACGAGAUAUUUUAUCGGGAAGGGUUAAAAGAGAAGGAAUUCACUGAGAAAAAAAAUCCCAUCGUAGUGAUUGAGAGAACAUUUUAAAUACGUAAUUUUGUCCAGGGUAGAUUUAAAAGAAAUAAAAAAAUAGCAAGAGAAAGUAAUAAGAAAAACAAGAAUAUUAAAGAAAAAGUAGUUUACACCAAUAAUCUCAAAAUUCUAUAUACAAAAAAACAUAUUUUGCUCGCUAUAGAGAAAAAGAACUUUUUAAAAGGAAAAAUAAAUAAACAUCCCCCGAGGAGCGAAAGAAUGAAUUAUUUUGCAUGCAAGAAAAUAUUUAUUUUGUGGGAAAACUUUUGCUCCUCCCUGUAGAAUUUUCAUUUUUUGCUUUUUAUAAUUGCAAUGAAAAACAGAGAAAUUUAAAUGUGCGAAUUUAUUGGGAAUCAGCUUAAAAUCGAAUUUAGAAUUUUCCGGAAAAUUUGCUUUAUUGAGUACUUAUUUUUUGUUGUUGUUAAUUUUUAAAAUUUCCUUCCACUGAAUAUUUUUUUUAAUUUCUUUGCAAUUUCUGGAAGUGAGAAUCCAACAAAUUCUUUUCAUGCUCAAACAGCCCUUUUUGAGUUAGAAAAAUAAUUGUUUUGCUUUGCAAUUUAUUUUUAUGUCGUGUUUAAUUGCUAUUUUUCAUCACUUCCAUUUCUUUCUUUUUUUUAAUUGCCAUUUUUUGUUGCAAGAACAUUGUGUAGAAGAAGGAAAUAAAAAGAAAAAAGAAAAACGAAUCCAUAGCAUCGUGAAUCAACACUGCAUCUUACUCAUAUAAUUAUUAAUUGUAAUAGUAAUUGAAUAUAUUUAAAGGUUUAAUUAAAAUAAACGCUUUGCUUAUUCCUAACAAGAUAAUAAUUAAAUAAAAAAUUAAGUGUAAUGAGAAAUAAAAGAUGAGCUAUUUCUUGCCACAAUAGAAAUAUAUAAAUAAAGAGAAGAAGAAGAAGAAGGGAGAAAGGCAAAAGAAACAAUUUAUAUAUAAAAAAUGAUGAAGAAACAUUCAACACAUCUAAAAUAUCCAUAAUGAUGAUAAUAUUCAUUAGAGCAACAUGUUUACAAUACACUAAAUAUACGUAAAAAAAACUAUUAUUAAAUAGAAAUAUUUAAAACAUAAAUAAAUAUGCAUAUUGUGUAAAUAUGUAUAUUUUUUUCAAACAUUUUUCCACCCAUUUAUGUCAUUUUUUUCCACAACUGUUUGACAUCAGCAAAAGAAAAUUUUGCAAGAAAAAAUUUCUCCUCUUUUACUUUCAUUUGAAAUUUUUUUUAUCUGUGAUAAGAUUAUGUUAAUAUUAAAUUUUCUUUCUCUUUUAUUGAACUUUUCUUUUCAAUUAAUAAUUUUCACGUUUUAUUUCCCAUCUCUUUAUUCAGAAUACUUUUAUUUAGCGCGUUGACCUAAAAAUGUUUCUUUAUUUUUAAAAUAAAACAUUCUUUAAUUAGAAUUUAUUUGUUCUACUUUAGGGUUUUAUUUUUGUUAUUUAUUUCUGACUUUUAUUGAAAGGAAAAAAAAGGACUUCAAGGCUUUUUUUUAAACAAAAAAUGAAAAAAAGUAUCUCUUAAAAUGUGAAACUCUCUGUAUCCGAAUUAAAACAUAAAACUAUUAAGAAAUGAGAGAGAGCGAAAGAUAGGAAUAAAAAAGGGAAAAGAGAUAGGAAGAUGACUUACAGUUAAAUCAUAAAGAAAACAUAUAUACAUUUUAAAUGUAAUUGACAUAAUUUUUACUUUGUCACCACAGCAAUUUUUAUAGCCCAGCAAAGUAUAAAAUAUCGAUAAAUUUAAAGGUGCGGGGUGACGACGUCACACGCAGAAUUUAUCGAUGAAGAAAGAAAUAUCUCGCCCAUAGUAUAUUUAAUGAAAAAAUAAAUAAACAAAAAAAAUGGAGAAGAAGAUAAAAAGGCAGGAGAAAGAGCCCACAGAUAAUUAUAAAAAAAUUAUAUUCUUAAAUGAUGAUGAAGAUGGAAAAAAGUGAGAGAAGUAAACUAAAAGUACUCUUAUAGUGUAAUAAAAUGAUUUAGAAAGUGUAGGUAAGGCUUAACAAUUAUGUAACAACCUGUAUAAUAUACAGAGACGAAAUACAAAUAAAAAUAACAAUUGCGACA